CCCCCUUGCUGCUGCUCCUCGUGCUCUGCCUCCUGCCUCCUGGCCCAAACCAGCUGGACCAGCUCUCCCGGUGCCCUCCUGCAGCACCCCCCUUCCCACCAGCCAAGUCACAGCCUCCUGGGCACCUUCAAGACCUGAAGGUGGGCUUCUGGACAGAGAUGGCCCUGCAGAGCCAGAUGUGGUCUCUGGCCGCACCCAUGCCCAUGGCCGAGAGCUCCCUCUACCGGCAGCGGCUAGAGGUCAUCGCUGAGAAGCGGCGGCUGCAGGAGGAGAUCCGCGCCGCGCGCCGGGAGCUGGAGGAGGAGAAACUGCGCGUGGAGCGGCUCAAGAGGAAGUCUCUCCGAGAGCGCUGGCUAAUGGACGGGGCCGCUGAGGGGCCGGAGCAGCAGGAGGACCCCCAGUCACCUGAGGGCCAGGCUCAGGCUCGAAUCCGGAACUUGGAAGACAGCUUGUUCACACUCCAAUCCCAGCUGCAGCUGUUGCAAAGUGCAUCCACAGGUGCCCAGCACAAGCCCUCAGGCAGGCCCACCUGGCGCAGACAGGGUCACCGGCCAUUCUCCCAGCCGACCGUGGAGACAGAUCCCACAGACUACGCUGAUCUGAACAAGAGAGCCUCCCUACCAGCCGGACUGGUGGACGCAUCCCCAGAGGCCCCCUCUGAGCCCAGAGAUGAGACCGGCAGGGCUCCUCCAGCCCUGAGGCUGUCCCCUGGGGCAGCAGGGGUCUCCUCAGAAGCCAAUGGCCCCUGCGCUGGACCCAGCCUCCCUCCAGAGCAGGAGCCUCGCCAGGGGCUGGCAGCCUCCGAGGGGGGCGUGGGUGAGGCCAAAGGGGGUGUGGUGAAGGUGGUAUGGGAGAGGCUGAGGGCCACAGAGGACUGUGCCACGGAGGCCACGGGCCCGGAGCUGGAGGCUAAGGUAGAGGAGAUGGUGAUGGAAGCCAUUGGGGACAGGCAGGAAGCUGGCUGCCCAGAGCGCCCAUCCUGGGUGAGGGAGGACAGGGGUGUCGUGGAGGUGGUCUGGGAGGGGGUGGGGGGGCCAGAGAGCAGCCACUCAGAGGCCACAGGAGAGGCGGGCAGGGGCCUAAAGGCUGCACAGAUCAGCUCACCUAGCCUUCAGGUGAGACCAGAGGGGGCAGCUCCUGGGGAGGGUGUUCCCAGGGGCAGCCCUGAUGGUGAUGGGCCAGGGGGCUCUGGAGGAGAGGAGGGCUCUUUCAUUUGGGUAGAGAAGGUGACCCUCAGCGAGGAGUGGGAGGAGCUGGUGGUGGAGGGAUCAGAAGGGCCAAGGGUGUGGGGAAGGAGGGGAGGCCCCGAGAGUCCCCUGGGGGUGGAGAGGGGGGUAGGGGAGGAGGCCUGGGAGGCAGGGAGCAGCAGAGUAGAAGGACCUGUGGGUGCAGGGAGGAGCGAGGGAAAGGUGGGGGCAGAGCAGGAGGGAGCAGGGAGGGAAGGAAGUGAGGACUCCCCAGAGCCAGAGAGGAGAGGGGAUGAGGAGAAGCUGGGGCUGGAGAGGGAGGCAGUUGAGGAACGAUUGGCAGCACCAGGAAAGGCAGUUGAGGGACCUUGGAGGGCAGAGAGGGAAAGAGGCGAGGAGCCACCACCAGCAGAGCAGAAAGGUGAGAGAGGGCUAGAUGCCGAGGAGGAACAUGAGGAACCAUUGGGAGGGGAGCAGGAAGGAGAUGAAGAGAAACUAGAGGCAACUGAAGAACCGUUGGUGAUGGAGAGAAAGGAAGGUGAGGAAUCACUGGAGGCAGAGAAAACAGGAGGUGAGAAGCCACUGGAGGCCGAGAGAGGAGGAGGUGAGUCACUGAAGGCAGAGAAAGGAGGUGAGGCAUCACUGGAGGCUGAGAGAGGAGGUGAGGCACCACUGGAGGCUGAGGGAACAGGAGGUGAGGAGCCAUUGGGGGCUGAGAAAGGAGGAGGGGAGACUCCAUUGGAGGCUAAGAAAGGAGGAGGUGAGGAGUCCCUGGAGGCAGAGAAGACUGAAGCGGUUAAGGAAGAUCUGAGUCCAGAAGAGCAGGGAGAGUCUGGGGGAGGACAGGAAUGUCAGGCAGAGGAGGUGAGUGAGGCAGGGGCUUCCCUGGGGGCGAAGGAAGACUCAAGGCCAGAAAAGGAAGAACCACAGCCCCAGGAGAAGCAGGAAGGCUCCUUGGAGGAGGAAUCUGCAAGGCCCCGAACCCCUGUGGAGAGCCAGGGCCCCUCGGGGGACCCCACCCCGCUCCUGGCAGAGACCCCAGCUCCAGAGCAGCCUGCCGAGUGCCAGCCACUGCUUCAGGCAGAAGGGCCCAGGGCCAACCCUAGGGCCCGGCCCGUGCCCACCUAUGCACCUGCCCGGCAGCCCGAGCCAUCUGCCCCUCCAGAGGGUGAAGAGGCAAGCGGCCCCAAGCAAAAGACGUGCCAGUGUUGUGCGGUCAUGUGAGCCCACACCCUCCACCCCACAUCCAGCUCCUCUCACAGCUACCUCGGCCUCUUGGCAUCCAGCAGCGGGUCCUGGGCACAGGGCACCCCCGGACUGGCUGUGGCACCUGGGAGCCAGCUGGCCCGCACAUCCACCUGGGCUUUCCGGACGCUUCCCACUGCCUGUGACCCUGGCCCCCUUUGACAACAAAGCCUUUAUACUUGAAAAUAAAACGUUCAAGCAACCGGA